CACGCAUCUUGAGACCGUAGCACAAAUUGUAGCAUAUUAUAUUAUUUCAGAUUAUUGUGGGAGUCAAUUCUUGUAGGUUCGGUGCCUUAGCCAGCACUGUGCAGCCAUGUAGCUUUUCUCAAGGCCCUAUAUAUACUGAUGCCGCCUUGCUGCAGCCCAAAGCCCCAGCAGGCUGCAUUUGUCCUAUUAUUAUUCAUCUAUGUAAAUACUCUUCGUGCCAGUAAUAAGGUCAAUAAUGUCAAUGCUGUUGGGUAUAGCAAGGCGGCUAUGGCAUAUAGUCCUAAGAGUCGGUGAGAGGGUCAGCAGCGAGCGUUUUCGAGUGGCGGCGCUGCAGUGAGCAGUCGUCCUCUCCUGGCAGCACCGGCCAGCCUGACACUGGUCACUGCCAUGACUGCUGACCGCCGGCCGCACUCCCCCAGCCGCAGUCUCUCAUGGAGUGCCGAAACUGAAAUUCAUCUGUUUGAUGCUAUGACUGGCUAUAAACCGGUUGGGGUGAACAAGCAUUUUCAGAUGCUGAUGAUUCUGGAGCGGUUUUGUUCGCGGGUGCAGCAGGAUGUACCAGCCGCGGCCAUUUGGGAGCGUCUCAACCAGCUCUACGACAUGUCGGCGCUGGACGACCUGGAGGCGCUGCCGUUCCCCAACAGCCAGACCGAGUUCGACCUGCCCGCCGACGAGUUCGAGACGCUCAUGGCGGCGCGACUGAGGCGCGCUGACCAGACGGCCGAGCAGCACCGCGACGAGCCGCGCCGCCGCCGCGCGCGCGACGACACGGGUAGCAGCUCCACGCGCGAGAAGCGGAGAAGUGACGCCGGCGACUCUGUGCGGAGAGCGCCCAAGAGGGCAGCGCGCGACAGCGCUGGAAAGGCCGCCAGCCCAGCCAGCACUCCGACCGCAAAACGAACGAGGCGCAUUUGAGGCGGACGCGGCGCGGCGGCGCCCUGAUCGAGGACGCCUCUCCAUCUGUGUGUGUAUGUGUGUGUGCGGUGCCGGCUGUGUCCGCCCGUCGGAGACCGUCUGCUCGGUGUGCUGUCGGACAGUGUGUGCUGCCGGACAGUGUGUGCUGUCGGACAGUGUGUGCUGUCGGACAGUGUGCUGCCGGUCAGUGUGUGCUGUCGGACAGUGUGUGCUGUCGGUCAGUGUGUGCUGUCGGACAGUGUGCUGCCGGUCAGUGUGUGCUGUCGGACAGUGUGUGCUGUCGGUCAGUGUGCUGUCGGUCAGUGUGUGCUGCCGGUCAGUGUGUGCUGGCGGUCAGUGUGUGCUGCCGGUCAGUGUGCUGUUGGUCAGUGUGUGCUGCCGGUCAGUGCUGCCGGUCAGUGUGCUGUUGGUCAGUGUGUGCUGCCGGACAGUGCUGCCGGACAGUGUGUGCUGUCGGACAGUGUGUGCUGCCGGACAGUGCUGUCGGACAGUGUCUGCUGUCGGUAAGUGUGUGCUGCCGGACAGUGCUGUCGGACAGUGUGUGCUGCCGGAUAGUGUGUGCUGCCGGACAGUGUGUGCUGCCGGACAGUGUGUGCUGUCGGACAGUGUCUGCUGUCGGUAAGUGUGUGCUGUCUGACAGUGUGUGCUGCCGGAUAGUGUGUGCUGCCGGACAGUGUGUGCUGCCGGACAGUGUCUGCUGUCGGUCAGUGUGUGCUGCCGGUAAGUGUGCUGUUGGUCAGUGUGUGCUGCCGGACAGUGCUGCCGGACAGUGUGUGCUGUCGGACAGUGCUGUCAGGCAGUGUGUGCUGCCGGACAGUGCUGUCGGACAGUGUCUGCUGUCGGUAAGUGUGUGCUGCCGGACAGUGCUGUCGGACAGUGUGUGCUGCCGGAUAGUGUGUGCUGCCGGACAGUGUGUGCUGCCGGACAGUGUGUGCUGUCGGACAGUGUCUGCUGUCGGUAAGUGUGUGCUGCCGGACAGUGCUGUCGGACAGUGUGUGCUGCCGGAUAGUGUGUGCUGCCGGACAGUGUGUGCUGCCGGACAGUGUCUGCUGUCGGUCAGUGUGUGCUGUCGGUCAGUGUGUGUUGUGGGUCAGUGUGUGCUGCCGGACAGUGUGCUGUCGAACAGUGUGUGCUGUUGGUCAGUGUGUGCUGCCGGUCAGUGUGUGCUGGCGGUCAGUGUGUGCUGUCGGUCAGUGUGUGCUGCCGGACAGUGUGCUGCCGGACAGUGUGUGCUGUCGGACAGUGUGUGCUGUCGGACAGUGUGUGCUGUCGGACAGUGUCUGCUGUCGGUCAGUGUGUGCUGUGGGUCAGUGUGUGCUGCCGUACAGUGUGCUGUCGAACAGUGUGUGCUGUUGGUCAGUGUGUGCUGCCGGAUAGUGUGUGCUGCCGGACAGUGUGUGCUGCCGGACAGUGUCUGCUGUCGGUCAGUGUCUGCUGUCGGUCAGUGUGUGCUGCCGGACAGUGUGCUGCCGGACAGUGUGUGCUGUCGGACAGUGUGCUGUCGAACAGUGUGUGCUGUUGGUCAGUGUGUGCUGCCGGUCAGUGUGUGCUGUCGGUCAGUGUGUGCUGUCGGUCAGUGUGUGCUGCCGGUCAGUGUGUGCUGUCGGACAGUGUGCUGCCGGUCAGUGUGCUGUUGGUCAGUGUGUGCUGCCGGUCAGUGCUGCCGGUCAGUGUGCUGUUGGUCAGUGUGUGCUGCCGGACAGUGCUGCCGAACAGUGUGUGCUGUCGGACAGUGUGUGCUGUCGGACAGUGUGUGCUGCCGGACAGUGCUGUCGGACAGUGUGUGCUACCGGAUAGUGUGUGCUGCCGGACAGUGUGUGCUGCCGGACAGUGUGUGCUGCCGGACAGUGUGUGCUGCCGGACAGUGUGUGCUGCCGGACAGUGUGUGCUGCCGGACAGUGUGUGCUGUCGGACAGUGUCCGCUGUCGGUCAGUGUGUGCUGUGGGUCAGUGUGUGCUGCCGGACAGUGUGCUGCCGGACAGUGUGUGCUGUCGGUCAGUGCUGCUGUCGGUCAGUGUGUGCUGCCGGUCAGUGCUGCCGGUAAUUGUGUGCUGCCGGUCAGUGUGUGCUGUCGGUCAGUGUGUGCUGCCGGACAGUGUGUGCUGUCGGACAGUGUGUGCUGCCGGACAGUGUGUGCUGCCGGACAGUGUGUGCUGUCGGACAGUGUGUGCUGCCGGUAAGUGUGUGCUGCCGGUAAGUGUGUGCUGCCGGUCAGUGUGUGCUGCCGGUCAGUGUGUGCUGCCGGUCAGUGUGUGCUGCCGGUCAGUAUGUGCUGCCGGUAAGUGUGUGCUGUCGGACUCGGACAGUGUGUGCUGCCGGUCAGUGCUGCCGGUCAGUGUGUGCUGUCGGUCAGUGUGUGCUGUCGGUCAGUGUGCUACUGCUGGCGGUCAGUGUGCUGCCGGUCAGUGUGUGCUGCCGGACAGUGUGUGCUGCCGGACAGUGUACUGCCGGACAGUGUGUGCUGCCGGACAGUGUGCUGCCGGUCAGUGUGCUGUUGGUCAGUGUGUGCUGUCGGACAGUGUGUGCUGGUGGUCCGCCCGGUCCGGUGGUUGCCAGGUCCGGUGGUUGCCCGGUCCGUGGCCAAUGUAUUGUUUGCGCGGCUGGCUGCUACGCUCCCGCCGCGCUGGUCGGUGGACGCCACUGGAGCGGCCAACGGGUGUGCUGGCGGUGCGCGCACGCCGCGUGCCGCGUGCCGCAUGCAGCAGCGGCUGCGGUCGGGGCGCGUGUGGCGCCUGCCCUGUUAGCGGCGGCCCGUGCGCCUCCGAACCGCUCUCCAUUGGUGUCUGUAUUAGAGGAUAGAGCAGUGUCCUGAGAAAUAACGAGGACGUGUCAUCAUGAACACAGUUGAAUGGAAAAUAGACGGGAUCAAUGUCAGUA